CACACGUCGUUUCUUACAUCAUGUCGUUCAGCCAAAAGUUUAUUCGCCGUUGGAAUCACUUUGUAACCCUUAAAAAGUAUAAAAAUGUUCAGGUAGCCCAAGGAAACCCGCAGUCGUUGGUGCAAAAAGUUACCCCCGUCGCGGGCGGUAAAUGUUUUCUGGCUUGGCAUCCGAAACCGCAGUUUCCCUACGAAUACUCGCGACCGCUAAGCCCGGUGGAAGUGCAGUCAACAGCAUCGCUUGUUCGCGACGAUCUGGUAGCGGUCGGCGCCAGUACCCUCAAAGCCAAGCACCCGGAGUUCGUACGCAGUGAACUGGCUAGGGUUACCCAUACAACUAAGCACCGCUGGUUCCCGCGGGCUCGCGACAAGAAAGCCAAAACCACACCGAUGGAUCGCGAAUAUUUGUAAGCGACUUGAACCCAACUUGCUUUUAUGAUUAAACCCUUAGUUAUACCAUCGGUAAUAGGAAAAUAAA